UCCUUCUGAGUUUUAAUCUUAUCUGCUGCAUCCGGCUUUUCCCUUUUUGUUUUUCCCAUGAACCCACUGUGGUCAGGGUUGACUUAAACAUGGUGCUAAAAGAAGUGGCUCCCUCGGCCGAUGCAACACCGUAUAGUCCUAACAGCUGUAGAACAAAGGGUGAAGUUAUUGUUUGUUCUCCUUCACAGAUCCGAGGGAUGAGCAUUGAUCAGGCCAUUACACAGCUGCAGUUCAACGACAAGAAAGGAGCAAAGAUCAUGAAAGAGGUUCUUGAGGAAGCUCAAGAGAUGGCGGUCAAAAAUCACAAUGUAGAGUACAAAUCCAACCUGUAUGUAGCUGAGUCCUACUCCGGCAAAGGGAAGUACCUGAAGUGGAUCCGUUACCACGGCAGGGGGAUGUUUGGCAUCAUGGACAAAGUUAACUGUCACUACUUUGUGAAGCUGGUGGAGGGCUCGCCGCCCCAGAUCGAGGAGAAGACGAGCUUUGACCAGGCCAAAGAGUACGUCCAGAACCUGAAGAACCGGACAAUCAUCCACAGCCUGUAGACCAUCUGAUUGGAUAAUAUUUAUCAUGUACCUUUUACUGUAUUUCUGUCUGUGUGUGUUUCUUUAA